CUCGCCCGCCCGCCUCCGCCUGGCGUGCCGCAGUAGUAGCGAGCUAGGAUCUAUCGAGUAAGUAGCGAGUAGGAGAAGAUCAGGAGCUAGCUAGCCGAUGCCCGGGGCGGCGGCAGCCGCGCGCCGGUGCUGCUGACGAUGGGGAACAAGAAGGGCGGCUCGUCCUGGCUCACCGCCGUCAAGCGGGCCUUCCGCUCCCCGUCCAAGGAGGACAGCCCCAAGAAGGCGCCGCGCCUCCGCGAGGACCCCGACGCCGAGGAGGACAAGAACAAGAGGGAGCGGAGGAGAUGGCUGUUCAGGAGGUCCUCCUCCCCGUCCCCUUCGCCGGCGGCUCCUCCGGCGCCGGAGCAUCAGCAGCAGCAGAACCAAUCGGCGGCGGCGAGGUCCGCGCCGGGGCCUUCGGUGACGGAUGAGCAGCGCCACGCCAUCGCGCUCGCCGUGGCGACGGCCGCCACGGCCGAAGCCGCCGUGGCCACGGCGCAGGCGGCGGCCGAGGUGGUCCGCCUCACCCGCCCCUCCUCCAGCUUCGUGCGCGAGCACUACGCCGCCGUCGCCGUGCAGACCGCCUUCCGAGGCUACCUGGCGAGGCGCGCGCUGCGCGCUCUCAAGGGGCUGGUGAAGCUGCAGGCGCUGGUGCGCGGCCACAACGUGCGGAAGCAGGCCAACAUGACGCUGCGCUGCAUGCAGGCGCUGGUGCGCGUCCAGGCGCGCGUGCGCGACCAGCGGAUGCGCCUCUCGCAGGACUCCCUCUCCGCCGCCGGCGCCGCCGCCUGCGGCAGCAGCAAGUCCUCGUACAGCGUCGACACGUCCACCUUCUGGGACUCCAAGUACACCCACGAGUACGCCGAGCGACGCUCCGUGGAGCGGUCGAGAGACGGCAGCAGCUUCGCCGCCGACGACUGGGACGAUCGGCCGCGGACGAUUGAGGAGAUCCAGGCCAUGCUGCAGACCAGGAAAGACGCCGCUCUCAAGCGCGAGAGAGCGCUCUCCUACGCCUUCUCCCAUCAAAUUUGGAGGAACCCUGCCCCGUCCGCGGAGGAAGAGAUGGACGUCGACGGGCAGCCGCGCUGGGCGGAGAGGUGGAUGGCGUCACGGGCAUCCUUCGACACCAACAGGAGCAGCUCCCGAACCGCGGCGGCCGCCGCCGCGCCAGGACGCGCGUCCACGGACCACCGCGACCAGGUCAAGACGCUGGAGAUCGACACCGGGCGCCCCUUCUCCUACUCCACGCCAAGGCGGCAGGCCCCGCCGUCGCAGCACGGGAGCGGCUCGCCGAUGCACCGGGCGCAGCACCACCACCACUCCGCGGGGACGCCGUCGCCGGGGAAGGCGCGCCCGCCGAUCCAGGUCCGCUCCGCCAGCCCGCGCGUGGAGCGCGGCGGCGCCGGCGGGGGCAGCUACACCCCGAGCCUGCACUCCCAGCGCCACGCGUCCUCCGGCUCGGCAGUGCCGAACUACAUGGCGGCCACGGAGUCGGCCAAGGCGCGCAUCCGCUCCCAGAGCGCGCCGCGGCAGCGCCCCGCGACCCCGGAGCGCGACCGGCCGCAGACCGCGUACAACCCCGCGACCGGGAGCGCCAAGAAGAGGCUGUCGUUCCCCGUCCCGCUGGACGCGUACGGCGGCGGCGGCGGGUACGCGCAGAGCCUGCGGAGCCCGAGCUUCAAGAGCGCGACGGGGCGGUUCACCUCCGAGCAGCGCUCCACCGUGUCGUCCUUGUCGUGCGCGGAGAGCGUAGGCGGGGAGCCGAUCUCGCCGUCGUCCACCACCGACCUCCGCCGCUGGCUCCGCUGAGCCUGGCCGCCGGCGGCGAGGUGUUCGGUGUAAUGCUUGCUCUGCUAUUUUUUUAUGUCGUAAUCUAUUUUUUUGCUGUGCCUUUUCGUGUGAUUCUGUGCGGUGGGUCUGGAGCGUCAGGGCGCAGGCUGGAAAGAGUAGUUCGUUAGUUGGGUCGUGUUGAAGUUUGGGAAAGCGGGAAAGAAAGGUUGUACUGUAGCUUUACGUGCCUUGGAUUGCGUAGGCCCUUUAUUUUUUCCCGUCUUUUAGGUUUGUGUUUUCUAUGCAGUGGAGCGUUGGCUGGAGUCGUA